GCUCUCGUGAUAAAGGCCCCACAAGGUAAGACAGACAGUCAGUUCUUCAGAGGCAGCUGAGCAGAUAAGUGCCACGUCUAACUGGAGGGAUGAAGCAGUCACGUGGCUACAUCAUCGGCGCGGGCGCCACCGUGGUGCUGGUGGUGAUCGUGCUGAUGGCGGUGCUGGUGCCACCCAAGCCGGAGAUCCGUGGCUGCCCCGCCUCCUACGAGAGCCAUCCCUUGAUCCUGGUGUCUCUCGAUGGCUUCCGGGCGGACUAUCUCGAGAAAGGCCUCACGCCUGGCCUGCAGGCGCUCGCGGAUGGGGGGGUCCACGCCCCCUUCAUGAAGCCCUCGUACCCCACCCUUACCUUCCCCAACCACUACACCAUUGUCACGGGCCUGUACCCGGAGUCCCACGGCAUCAUCGCCAACAAGUUCUACGACCCGGAGUUCCAAGCGACCUUCUCCCUGGGCAGCGCGGAGUCCCUUCUGGGCCGCUGGUGGGGCGGCGAGCCCAUCUGGAACACUCUCACGCGCCAAGGUAAAAUGAGCGCGACGUUCUUCUGGCCGGGCUCCGAAGCCGACAUUGGGGGCCAGCACCCGACCUACUGGAUGCCCUACAACGACGACACGCUCUUCAGCGAGCGCGUCGAGCAGGUCCUGAGUUGGAUCACUCUGCCAGCUGAGGAGAGACCGGCCUGGGUCUCCCUGUACCUCAACGAGCCAGACCACACGGGCCACGGGGAGGGACCCGACAGCAACCAGGUCGAUGCCCUGAUCAUGUACGCGGACCGCACGAUCCAGCAGCUGGUAUCAGGCCUGGAGGACCUCGGCUUGCUCGACUGCGUGAACCUGGUGCUGGUAGCUGACCACGGCAUGGCGGCGUCGGGGCUGGACAAGAUCAUUAAGCUCAAGGACUACGUGCCCGACAUCUACGACCUCGCCUUCACCUACUCCGGCGCCUUCGGGAGGAUCAGCCUGAAGAACGACAGUGAAACCGUCGAGAUGGACAUCCUCGAGAAGCUGACGUGCCAGCGAGAGGAGCUCCGAGCCUACGACUACCGCGACCUCCCAACGCGGUUCCACUUCAGCAACAACCGCCGAAUCGAAGACAUCGUUCUCGACCUCGACGCCGGCUACACCGUCAGCGUCUCCUCCGAUUUCUACCUCGAGGGUCAGCAUGGAUACGACAACUAUGAUCAGAAGAUGAAUGCUCUCUUCAUCGGCCACGGCCCUGCCUUCAAGAAGGGCGUGGAGAUUGAACCCUUCCAGAACAUCGAGCUCUACAACCUCAUGUGCCACCUGACGGGGAUAGAGCCGGCGCCCAACAACGGCACGGAGGGCUCGCUUUACCACGCCCUCGUCAGCCCUCCGACCACGCCGUCUCUGCCUCAGGAGGCGAAGCCGCCCGCCGCUUCCUACCCCAGCGCCGAGGAAGAGGCGGCUCGGCUGACGCUGUCAGGCUGCGAUGGAGACCUGGCGGCUGUAGAGCCCUGGAUGUCGAGCCUGGAUCUGACGGAGGCGCAGAAGCAGGAGGCGGAGGCCCGACAUCUCCCUUGGGGCGUCCCGCACUCGGGGAACCUAUCCGCCUCGCUGGUCCUCCUGCACCACGCCAGCCACGUCACGGCCUUCUCCGAGAGCCUGAAAAUGCCCCUGUGGACGAGCGUGACCCUAAGUGGGGCGCCGACGGACCCGCAGCCAGCCAGUUGGUGCAGCGACGUCCGCCUCACGGCUGAGACUACGCCCACCUGCGCGCAGUACGAACAGCUCAACGUGUCCAUGGCGCCGCUACUGCCCCCGGGCUUCCUUCAGGACCCUGAGCUCGCCCGCGUCCCAUACAUGGUGAGCAACGCAGUGCCGGCGAUGCCCCAGCUGGUCGAGAGGUGGUCUCAGCUGGUGACCGACCUUGUGCCGGCCUGGCUAGCAGUCCACGGCUCGCUCAACCUGGUGCUGGGGCCUGUGUUCGACAACGACGCGGAUUCUCAUGUCGACGAUUUCACUAUGUUCAGCCCUCCUCCCGAGACGCCCUCAGACAUGUUCGCGGUGGUCACCCGCUGCGAGUCCCUGGGCGUCCCCGUGGAAAGCUGCACGCCCGAGGAACUGGACGCCCUUGCCUUCAUCGUCCCCGAGGCUCUCCGCGCCAUUAACUGCCUGAACGCAACGCGCUUCGCACAAGAGUUCAGCGCAAAGGUCCGCGACGUGGAGACGGCGACCGGCCUGACGCUCUUCCCACAGCUGGCCUUCGCCGAGCGCACGAGACUCGAACUCAGAAUCCACUCCGACGUCUGGCCGCUGUCGUGAGCCCCUGCCCGACGCACGCGAGUUGCCGCUGUAAUGUAUUCCAAUAAACACUUAUCAAAUCA